GCUCUCUCCAGCCUUCCUCGCCACCUCUUUAGAACGUUUAGCUCCUGCCGCCACGUUCGCAGAAGAGAACCUUGUGCUCCGCAACGUUCUAUAUUUAAAGGAGCCGCGGCGUUGGUCUAGUCUAACCUUCCUUUCCAACAAAAGUGUGGGGGAAGUGAUUUUUUAAAAAAGCCAGGCAAAAUGAGGGAAAUCGUACACAUUCAAGCUGGGCAAUGUGGUAACCAGAUCGGUGCUAAGUUCUGGGAAGUGAUCAGUGAUGAACAUGGAAUUGACCCCACUGGAACCUACCAUGGAGACAGCGACCUGCAGCUUGACCGCAUCAGUGUUUACUAUAAUGAGGCCACUGGUGGCAAAUACGUCCCUCGUGCUAUCUUGGUCGAUUUGGAGCCCGGAACUAUGGACUCAGUAAGGUCUGGGCCUUUUGGCCAGAUCUUCCGACCAGACAACUUUGUAUUUGGCCAGAGUGGAGCUGGUAACAACUGGGCUAAAGGUCACUAUACAGAAGGUGCUGAGCUGGUGGAUUCAGUCCUGGAUGUAGUGAGGAAGGAAGCAGAGAGCUGUGACUGUCUGCAGGGUUUCCAGCUGACCCACUCCCUGGGUGGUGGAACCGGCUCCGGGAUGGGCACCUUACUGAUCAGCAAGAUCCGCGAGGAGUACCCUGACCGCAUCAUGAACACCUUCAGUGUGGUGCCAUCACCCAAGGUCUCCGAUACAGUAGUGGAACCGUACAACGCCACCCUCUCAGUGCACCAGCUGGUGGAGAACACGGACGAGACCUACUGCAUUGACAAUGAGGCCCUCUAUGACAUCUGCUUCCGUACCCUCAAGCUCACCACUCCCACCUAUGGCGACCUGAACCACCUGGUCUCGGCCACCAUGAGCGGCGUCACCACUUGCCUCCGCUUUCCCGGACAGCUGAACGCCGACCUUCGCAAGCUGGCUGUCAACAUGGUUCCCUUCCCCCGGCUCCACUUCUUCAUGCCCGGCUUCGCCCCCUUGACCAGCCGUGGCAGCCAACAGUAUCGGGCCCUGACAGUGCCAGAGCUGACGCAGCAAGUCUUCGACGCCAAGAACAUGAUGGCAGCCUGCGACCCCCGCCACGGGCGCUACCUGACUGUGGCAGCCGUCUUCCGGGGCCGUAUGUCCAUGAAAGAGGUGGAUGAGCAGAUGUUGAAUGUGCAGAACAAGAACAGCAGCUACUUCGUCGAAUGGAUCCCCAACAACGUCAAGACGGCUGUGUGUGACAUCCCUCCCCGGGGUUUGAAAAUGGCAGUCACCUUCAUUGGCAACAGCACAGCCAUUCAAGAGCUCUUCAAGCGCAUCUCCGAGCAGUUCACAGCCAUGUUCCGCCGUAAGGCCUUCCUCCACUGGUACACAGGCGAGGGCAUGGACGAGAUGGAGUUCACAGAAGCAGAGAGCAACAUGAACGACCUGGUCUCCGAAUACCAGCAGUACCAGGAUGCCACAGCCGAGGAAGAGGAGGAUUUCGGUGAGGAGGCUGAGGAAGAAGCGUGAGGUUAAUCUGCUCCCAUUUAAAAAAAAUAAAAUCAAUCCGCACAAAAUAAAAAUUAAAAAAACAAAAACAAAUUGCAUCUCCAUGUUCUGUUUCUUUUUCCUCCUUCUCCAGCUUGCUCUGUCAAUCUUUCCUCCAGGCUUCUCUUAUGGGGCAGCCUCCAUUUAAAUACUGGCUUGUGGUGGUCUCGCCUCUUCUAUGUGUUCUUUCUCGGUGGUGGGUGUAGCCUGUGGGUGAUAUCAUGGGGAUGAUGGGAAUUGUAGUUCAAGGUAUUUGGUGGGCGCCAGGCUGCCUUAGACGCAUAACCACAUAUGUAGAAAGGCAGUUGUCUUAAAAUGGAGACCUGUUCCUGAAAUACGUAGGUCUCUCCUCCUGCCAAAUGUAAUAUUUUCUAAGUGCUAUCUGGCUUCUGCUGGUGUGAGCUACUGAUCCGAUGAGCCACAAGCUGAUGGUUUCAAAUUGCGUUUGCUAACAGGAAGGUAUUUUGUCUCUGGAUGGCAUGUAGAAUGGGUGCGAGAAUGAUUUGGAAUGGGUAGAUUCCCUGAUCUGCAGAUCUCAGAUGCUAAUCUCUGAAGAAACUGCCAUUGAAGCAAGAGCUGUACGUCUUAAACAACUAAGGUUAUUGUAAAAUAGGGUGGGGAAUCUAUGGCUCUCCAGGUAUUGUUGGAUUCCAUCAGCCUCAUCCAGCAUGGUCCAGGCUUAGGGGUUAGGGCAGUUGGAAGUCCAGCAACGUUUGGAGGAUUACAGGUUCCCCACCCUUGAUGGAGAAGGAGCUUGUUGAAUUGGAGAAAUAAAGCACACAUUCCCUUAACAUGAACCACUGGUCAAAGGUGUUCAGCUAUAUGGUUUUAAUAUCGCAUGUGUGCAAUAGAAAAACACUGGUCAGGCUCCUUCCUAUUAACGCUCAUUUGCCCCCCAGGAUCUGUGCUCUGUUUUGGCUCUAAAGUCCCCCAAAUGCAUGAGGCCCCCAAAGUAGCUUUACUGACCAAAACAUGUGACAUGGUACAAAUUCCUGACCCUAAGCGAUUUUAAACCUGUGCCCCAUCUUGCCUUCUGAACAAAGUGGGGUUUUGUUCAGUGUUCAUCUGCUCACUCUAAAUAUGAGUUGGUGCUUGCAGAUGGCAGCUGGGCCUUGCUUUCCCGUUACUGUAUUCCAAAGAACUGCCCCGUAAAAUGCUUUCCCAAGGGAAUUCAAAACCAUUUUUAACCUGAAUAACAUGUGAAGCUUGAACCCUACACAGCUGGGUAGCACCCAGUAAAGGUAAGCGUUGUUUGAGAGGGUGUCUACAUUUGUGCUAGUUGGAAUAAAACCAAACAGCAGGAGAUUGCAAAGGGAGGCAAACUUCUAUGGCUGUUGUCAUAAAAGUAAUAAUCUUACUAUUAAAAUAGAUUUGUAGCCACCCUGAAAGAUGUCAAGGAGCUUGAUUCUUAGAAAUGUGAACAAAAGCAGAGGUAAAACUCAUUGGUGGUAGGUCAAGUCCAAAUGAGUGGUUCAGUGUAAAGGGACAAUAUAUAUUUAGCCACUGAUUCUGCCCAAAUGGUGAUAUUUGAGAGGCUUCACCACCAUUCCUCUAUCUUGGCUUCCCCCCCCCCCCCCCCCAGUCUCCUGCCUUUUACCUCAGCUUCCCCGCAACUCUUCACUGAUUUUUUCCUCUUCUUUUUUUUAAAAAAAAAUCCCUCUUUUUUCAUAUUGAAAAGAUGUCUUGUGAACAAAUAAAAAGGUUUUUCUUAAA